AUGUCGGAGCACCAUCGCGGUGCUUGGGGUACGCGUGAGGACGCCGUCUGGUGGCCGGGAGGCAUCUCGUCGACGGAACAGCAGACACUGCAGCACCACCAGCAUCUCAUCAAUCAGCACCACCAACAGCAGCUUGCCCAGCAGCAGGCAGCGCAACUGCAGCACCAGGUUGCGGUACAGCAACAGCAGCAGAACCAGCAACAGCAGCAGCAAAACGACAGCGCCCGGAACAACAGCACAACGUCCACGUCCGCCACCCAGCAGCUGUUCUCGUACAAAAUGGCCAACAGCUUUCAGAAUCCGGUCACCACGAUGUCCGGUGUGACGGUGUCCACCUCGAACGCACCGUACGAUUACCGGCUCGGCAUGAGCACAGUGGUGGCCCGGCCCGGUGACCCUCCCACCAUGUCCAGCACAGCGCCCACCACCCAGUGGUGGUACCCGGGUGGCCAAAAUGCGCUCGAUAACUCCCUGCAACAGCAGCAGCAGCAGCAACAGCAGCAACAACAGCAGCAACAGCAGCAACAGCAACAGCAAACUCAACAGCAUCAGAACCAGACCCACGUUCAAAGCAAUGCCAUUUUGAACAAAAUGGUGGCCGGCAACGUCACCGGUGGCAAGGUAAAGGACAAUAAGCCGAGGGGGCGCAUGACUGCGUAUGCCUUCUUCGUACAAACUUGCCGAGAGGAGCACAAGAAGAAGCACCCUGAGGAGCAGGUCAUAUUCGCCGAAUUUUCCCGGAAGUGUGCGGAGCGGUGGAAGACCAUGUUGGACAAGGAAAAGCAACGCUUCCACGAGAUGGCAGAAAAGGACAAGGCUCGGUACGAGUUGGAGAUGCAAAGCUACGUUCCACCGAAGGGUGCCGUAGUCGGCCGUGGCAAGAAGCGGAAGCAAUUUAAGGAUCCGAAUGCCCCGAAGCGAUCGCUGUCCGCAUUUUUCUGGUUCUGCCACGAUGAGCGGAACAAGGUGAAGGCGCUGAACCCGGAGUAUGGCGUCGGUGACAUCGCCAAGGAGCUGGGUCGAAAAUGGUCAGAUAUGGACGCCGAAAUUAAGCAAAAGUACGAGCAGAUGGCUGAAAAGGACAAGCAGCGAUACGAGCAGGAAAUGACGGAAUAUAAAUUGAAGUGUAAAAAUGAGCAAGGUGGGGGCACCCCCGGCUUGAACCUGCCGCAGCAACUGCAGCAGGCCGGGCUUCAGCAUCUCCCGCAGCACGUACAGCAGUUGCAGGCACAGGUUGUCCAGGCACACCAAGCCGCCGCUGUUGCCGCCGCUGCCGCGGCCGCCGUACAACAGCAGCAUGACGACGACGACGACGAGGAGGACGGUGAUGAGGACGACAACGAGUAAAAAGCCCUCGGAUCCUUUGCCCCUUCUUUCCCUGGACUUCAUUGACCCUACCCUGCCCUCCUUCCCCACUACCAUCACCACCACUCCCUCCUCACGUAUGCAAUGCGCUCUUUAUUAUUAUUAUUACAUUUAAAUUUCGUCUUAAUUUUUUUGCAAAUGUAAAAAUAUUUUUAAAAUGAUGAUAUUAAUCACGAAAAGACCACCAUCAUCAUCAUUUACAAUUACACUACACACCCACAUUGACACGCACACAGACACACAUACACAUAUAUUUUACCCCAUAUACACACACACUCACACUCUACACGAACACGAAAUAAAUGAGAGGAGCAAAGGGAUAUAUUUAGUACGGAUGCGUUUUGCAACAUUGUUGCCGAAAAGAAAAAAUGGAAGGACAGUUGCUGAACCAGCGAUAGGACAAGUACAAUCGAAUUAACAAAAACAGAGUGUGGAAAAACUUGAAAGAGCGAGCGAGAGAGUGAGAGAGAAGGACAAGCCGAAAUGGCAGCGUUUUGUGGAUAACGUUAGGAAGGAUAAUACUAUGCGCUCGUUUAGAAUAAGGUAGCAAGGGCAACAAGUUAA